UCAUUUUUCAUCUGAGAACACACGGGGGUGUAGGUAUUGUUUUAUCGAGAAUCGUGCGAGAAUCGAAAUCCCUAAUCGAAACAGGAAUAGGGAACAUUGUAUAAACGUUGGUUAUUAAAAAUCUGUGCCAAGUUACGUGGAGGUGUUGACGUGGCCGUUUCCAGAAAGCCGCUGGAAUUCUCAGCAGACUACAACUUGUUUCAUACAAAAAAAAUGCUGCGGCCACUAUUCAUAGCACUGACCAUCACAGCCGUGAUUGCUGGUGUGCGCAACCCUGAGGAGUCCAAGCGUAUGAUGGACCAACUCUCCGAUGCAGAGCACUACAGGAGUGAGCUUCACAACAAGCAGUUUGACCAUGAUGCAUUCCUCGGUGAAGACCAGGCUAAGACAUUUGACCAGCUUCCACCUGAAGAGAGUAAAAGAAGAUUGGGAAUGAUCGUUGAUCAGAUAGAUUCAGACAAGGACGGGUUCGUUUCCCUUGUGGAGCUCAAGGACUGGAUCCGGUACACACAGAAAAGGUACAUUGAAGAGGAUGUGGACAGACACUGGCGGCAACACAACCCUGACAAUGAGGAAUUUAUUACAUGGGAGACGUACAAGAAGAACGUGUACGGGUUUAUGAACGAAUUGAGUGAGACUGACAAAAAGACCCAGGAGGGCUUCACUUACUCAAACUUGCUCAAGAGGGACAGGAGGCGCUGGGUGUAUGCUGACACCGAUCAAGACGAUGCACUUAACAGGACGGAUUUCGCCAGUUUCCUCCACCCAGAGGACCACGGUGGUAUGAAGGAUGUCGUCGUGAUAGAGACUCUGGAAGACAUCGAUAAGGAUAAGGACGGAAAGGUGUCUUUGGAAGAGUACAUCGGGGAUAUGUUCAAGCCGGAGGAGGGUGAAAGUGUAGACGACGAGCCAGACUGGGUCAAGCAGGAGCGCGAACAGUUCAAUGGAUACAGAGAUACAAACAAAGACGGUUUCAUGGACGAGCAGGAAGUCAAGGACUGGAUCGCGCCGGCGGAGUUCGACCACGCGGAGGCCGAGGCGAGGCACCUGGUCUUCGAGGCGGACUCCGACGCCGACGAGAAGUUAACCAAGGCGGAAAUCCUGGAUAAAUACGACCUGUUCGUUGGCUCCCAGGCCACGGACUUCGGCGAAGCUUUGGCGAGGCACGACGAGUUCUAAUAGAAAAUUCAUUCUAGGCGAUUCUACAAUAUUCUCAUUUCUUUAUAACCUUAGUGGCAAGUGUUAGAUUUUCUAACUACGUUUACUUAUUCGAUCGCGUGAAUGGUAUAACCGCUAUAAUCGUAAUGCGCCAUCUAGCGUCAGUAUUGUACAGGCAGGUUUCCCAGUAUUGCAACCAGAUGGCGUUCUUUCGAUCAAUAAAUCGUAGUUUUAAACAUUCACGCGAUCGAAUAAGUAAACGCAGUUAGAAAAUCUCACAUUAGGCACUCUGGUUUAUAAUUUUAAAGUCAUGGCGUGCAAGUAGACGAAUUAUGAAAAGUGGCAUAAAAUCUUUAAUAUGAGUUAUCGCAGCUUUAGGGUAGGCAGUCCUUUUACGCUUGUAUGAAGUGCACGCCACUGUUUUAGCGAAUUGCACAACGUUGCGUAACCUUGCGAACAAUUUUUGUAAUUGAAAAAAAAUGUUUAACUUCAUUAUAUAAGCCGAUAGACGUCCACUGUUGGACAUAGGUCAUUCGUGGGGAUUUCCAAACUGUGCGCUCUUUUGCCACCUGUUCGCAAAGUAUUGAAAAGUUUUCUUUACGAUUCAGUUCGUUGAUGAUUAAAGUCGCUAUGGUGUGCGAAUAUACUUAAUUAUUUUGGUGAAUUCGAUUAUUUUAUAAUAAAUCCGUUUUGUUUUUCUUUUUUUUUGCCAUAUUAGAUUUUAUGUAAGAUUUGGUAGCUUUUGAAUUCUCAGAAUAUAUUUUUUUAAUACUAGAUCUGACAGAAUCUCCUGAGAAGGGCGGAUUUUACAUUUUUUUUUUAAAUAAAGUCUUUUAAUUAAGAAAUAAAUAGGCCUAAAAUGAUUAGAACCGAAAGCAGUAGAGCCAAACAAUAAAAGUAAAGUUAUAAAAAAGGAAUUAAGGAAUAAAUUUAACACAUAAAAAUAAUUCCUAUCAAAAUAUAAAACUGCCAAAAUGUUACUUUUAUUUCGAAGUUAUUCUAAUUUUAUGAUUUAAAAAUCGUCCUUAAUUAUUUUACUAUUUACUUAUAUUGUAAAAACUUAAUAUGUAGCUAAGAAUCCUAAUUAUAAUUAUACCAAAGUUUUA